AAUGCGUACGCGCGAGGUAGGAAAGCUAUAAAAACCCACCAGCAACAAUUCAUUCAACUUACUUCGUCCGCGGCGGGUCACCUGAUAACAACUGAUCACCGCGCUGUCCCAAGACGGAAACAUCCUUACACAUUACAUUCCACUGUCUCAGUUUUGUGCUGUGAGUGCUUCGAAUCGUACCAAUCAACAGCUGAUUGCUGGAACGGUACUGCCGCAACUGACCUUUCGCUUAGUGUUUGUUGCAUUUUUGUGAUUUGGCGUAGCGUUCAGUCAGUCGCGUAAGAACUUUAUUUGAGUGAAGUGUGAAUCUAGUCUUUUUUUCCACGUGCUGCUCAGCUGCCUGGCCACCGGUACUCCGAUGGCAGACGAAGCGACCACCUUCUUCGACUGGGCCUCCAACCAGGGUGUUUCGUUCUGGGAAGUCGUCGCCCGAAAUUUCACUCACCCUGGUCGCUUCGGUCCGGUGCAAGUGGCAAACAACGUGCAACUAUUACAGCAAGAAGAUCGACUCGAUCUACUAUUAUCGCCCGCGCAAUUCGGACUACUCUCGGGAAUAGUAUUAUUUUUAUUCCUGAGGCACAAACUAGCGCGAUGGAAGGAAGAGCACAGCCAUCUGAAAAUUACCAGCCACGAUGACUUACGGCGCGCGGUUUAUACCUUUCUUACGUUUCUCGAGUUUCUAGUGCUAUCGCCACUUUUGAUCACGAUUCUUCUCACGUUCCAAAUGUACCGUAUCGCAGUACAAACAGUACUGCGACGCCGCCAUGGGAAACAUUUCAAAGGAUUGCUGGACGGUGCGGAUGUCGUUUGGGCAAUUGAGGAUCAAAACUCUCGUGGCAUGAUUAACAUUAUGGCAAACGUGGAAGAACCCUUUACGGAUUGGACGUCCGUCGACAGCACGAUCAGUGCGGUUAUUUUGCUGACAUUGCGCAAACGUAUAUCCUCGCGACUUAUGCGCAACUAUCAACCAUAUCCUAAAAUGUUCUGGAAACGUAAUGUCGCGCUCGGUUACUACUUUUGGUCCGAUCAAUCUGAGCUUACGGUAGAGGACUACAUUCGCUACAUGGAUCCCAUUCCCGUUGCUGAUGGUCAACGGUACAUCGAGGAACAUCAGUUGCGUAGUUUACUGAGCAUAAUUAACAAUCGUCACCUUCCGGCGGAACAUACGUCGUCGUGGGAAGUACUAGUUGGAAAGCAGCCUUUGUUCGAUAAGGAACGACGCAUGCUUAAAUAUCCCAUCCUCUUCCGUGUACAUCAUUCGCUAGGUGAUGGAGUGGCUCUGAUGCGUUUGCUUCUGGAAGCGAUUGUCGAUAAGGAGGUACCCUCACGCUGGAAGCAUCUGUCAAAGCUAAAGGUCAUGAACAUCAACUACAUCCUGAAACAACAGAAAGCCGCCAAUCAUCAUCGCUUAGAUGUAGGCGAAACACUUCUCCACCGUGUUUGGAAAAGCAUUCCCUCGUCGGCCGAACUAACAGUCCAAAGAGACAAUUUUGUCCGAAUUUUAUGGACGAUUUACACCGCCCCAGCCUUCUUUCAUGACGUUUCACGGCGUCAGGCAGAUAACAACUGCAUACAUGCAGCAACCAUGGCCAAUGAAAAGGUUGUAAGUUGGAUACAGGAAGAUCACAACAGUGACACACGCUGGGUUGAGAUUAUUAAACGCACCAAGCGACUCAUCCCCGGGACGAGGUUCUCCGACGUCUUCCUCACUGCAUUGUCGUCCAGUUUGGAAAGUUAUUUUACAAGUCGAACUAGUACACCACCGAAAAACCUCACAGUUGUGCUGCCAGCAAGAAUAGAAAAAGAAACACCUCACUUAAGGCUACAUAAUCGUUUUUCGGUAGCACUCCAAACGCUACCUAUAACGCCCGGUAUACAAAUGCACGAUGCAAACCGGCAUUAUGCACUUACCAAUCGCAUGCUAGCGGUUAAAAGUUAUUCGGACGUGUUACGUUCUUCUUCUGAUUAUCUGAUUAAUUAUUGGAUCAUGUCAAAAAUGACUUGCCUCUUUCCAGAGGCCAUACUGAGAAAAAUUCUCAAAAGCGCACACAGCACGCUGGCGAUCUCGAACCUACCGGGACCACAGCAGUUGCCACGCAUACAGGGUAAAGAGCUGAAAAAUCUUAGCUUUUUUAUUCCAAAUCUGGGUACCACCGCCGUUGGAAUUACCCUUCUAACGUACGGUGGCAAACUUCAGCUUGGAAUAUUAGCCGAUCGUGCAGUUAUUCGUACGGAAGACGAGGCUCACAGCAUUCUAAAGGGAACAGUUGAAGAGAUCGAACGUAUGGGCCAAUUACUCGAGCAGGCUUGAUUGACCAAAGUAUGCGAUUUCUAAACAUCACCUGAACUUUUUGUAUUAUACUUCAUGGAAAAUAAAUUUUUGGCUACUAUUCUUAAUACGGA